GCUUUGAAGGGAGCCCAGAUGGAGGGAAGCAAGGGGGUCGUCCUGCUCAAUUGCUUCGUCAGCCCCUUCGGCAACCGCGUUCGCAUCGCCUUGACGAAGAAGGGCGUGGAGCACGAGGUGACCGCAGAGAACAUGGCCCAGAAGAGCGCUCUGCUGCUGGCCUCCAACCCCAUCCACGGCAAGGUCCCGGUACUCCUCGUCGCCGGCAAGCCUGUCUGCGAGUCGCAGGUCAUCUUGGAGUUCAUCGACGAGGCCUUCUCCACCACCGGCGAGCAGCUACUGCCCACCGACCCCUACGCCCGCGCCCAGGCUCGCUUCUGGGUCGCCUACGUCGAUGCAAAGAUUCCGGCCUGCGCCCCGAAGAUAUGGCAGUCGCCCAAGGGAGCGCCGGCGGUAGAGGAAGGGAAGAAGGAGAUGCUGGUCGCGCUCAAGACGCUCGAGGCGGAGCUGGGCGAGAAGCCCUACUUCGCCGGCGAGUCGCUCGGGUACGCGGACGUGGCGUUGGUGACCUUCGCGCCCUGGUUCCUCACGUACGAGCGUCUCGCCGGGUUCAGCAUCGCGGAGGAGUGCCCGGUGCUGACUGCCUGGGCGGCGCGGUGCGCCGACGAGAACGAGUGCGUCGCCAAGUCGCUGCCGGACCCCGAGGCGGUCUUCCAGUUCGUCGGAGGAAUGAGGAAGCACUUCGGCCUCGAGUAGCUUUGCUCGGCUACCUACGAAGCGCGUCACUCUAUUAUAUGAAUGUAUGAUCCAUGCAAAAUAAGUUAAGCUCAUACGCAUUGUCUCGUGCGUAUGUGUGUGCGCCUCAUAGGGAUAAUGUUUCCUCGCCGUCCGAGUCGUCUGUGAUUUUUAUUUGGAGAGGCUUUGUGUUUUCCGAAUUGAUGGUGAUCGAUUUAAACUUU